GAAGGGCCUGUAGAGACGCACUCUUUUCCAGAGUGAGCUUCCUGGGUCUUCAUGCAGCCAUGGAUCUGGAUAAACCUUCUGUCUGGGACUCUUUAAAACAGCGGACCAGGCCUUUGUUAAUCAACCUGAGCAAGAGGAAGGUAAAAAAGAACUCAGACAAACCCCUGGACUUACGGGCCAGGCAUUGUCUGGACCGUCACCUCAGCUUCUCCGUCCCUGACCUCCUGGAGGCUGAGACCUUGGCCCCCGAGGGGCGGCCUUACUCCCGGCCCCAGUCGCCCUACACCUCGGUGCCUAGCAGCCUGUCGACGGCAGGGAUCGUUCCCAAAAGUAGCAGUAGCUCUUUGAAACAGUCUGAAGAAGAAUUGGAUUGGAGCCAGGAAGAAGCAGGCCACUUCCAUGUAGUGGAAACAGACUCCCAGGAGACCUAUGCCUCUCCUGCCGAGGACAGGAGGGCUUCCAGCAAUGGCAUCUUUGAUGUGCUCCAGAAAACUCCCCUUGGAGAGGAUGCGCCAGAAGGGCCAGAGAAGCUCUGUGGAAGUGGUGAUCUGAAUGCUUCUCUGACAUCCCAACGUUUCAAAGAGCUAUCUACUCUCGGGGAAGCCGGCGACGGCUUGAGUAACCUGCCAAACCCUUUCGCCUACCUCCUCACCAUCCACCUGAAAGAAGGCCGGAACCUGGUGGUCCGGGAUCGCUGUGGCACGAGUGAUCCCUAUGUGAAAUUUAAGCUGAAUGGGAAGACUCUGUACAAAAGUAAAGUCAUAUAUAAGAACUUGAACCCAGUUUGGGACGAAGUAGUCUUAUUGCCAAUACAAAGCCUUGAUCAAAAGCUGCGUGUGAAGGUGUAUGAUCGAGAUUUAACUACAUCUGAUUUCAUGGGUUCUGCAUUUGUCGUUCUGAGUGAUCUUGAGCUUAACAGGACGACUGAACAUAUUUUAAAAUUGGAAGAUCCAAACAGUUUAGAAGAUGACAUGGGAGUGAUUGUAUUAAAUUUGAACCUAGUAGUAAAACAGUGUGAUUUCAAGAGACACCGUUGGUCAAAUCGGAAGCAGUUAAGUGCCAGCAAGCCCUCUUUGAUACGCAACCUCCGGCUCUCAGAGUUCUUGAAAAAGAACCAACUCUGGAACGGGAUUAUAAGUAUAACUUUGUUGGAAGGAAAGAAUGUCUCAGGAGGAAGCAUGACAGAGAUGUUUGUCCAGUUAAAACUAGGAGAUCAGAGGUAUAAAAGUAAGACACUGUGUAAGAGUGCAAAUCCGCAGUGGCAGGAACAGUUUGACUUUCACUACUUCUCUGACAGGAUGGGCAUUUUGGACAUUGAAGUGUGGGGAAAGGACAGCAAAAAGCACGAGGAACGUCUGGGCACGUGUAAAGUGGAUAUCUCAGCCCUCCCACUGAAGCAAGCCAACUGCCUGGAGCUGCCUCUGGAGAGCUGCCUGGGGACACUCUUGAUGCUGGUCACCCUCAUGCCCUGCGCGGGAGUCUCCGUCUCAGAUCUGUGUGUGUGCCCCUUGGCAGAUCCCAGCGAGAGAAAGAAGAUCGCCCAGCGAUUCAGCUUACAGAACUCCCUGAAAAAUAUGAAGGACGUCGGCAUUUUACAAGUGAAGGUUUUAAAGGCGGUAGAUCUCUUAGCAGCAGAUUUCUCAGGGAAGAGCGAUCCCUUUUGCUUGUUGGAGUUGGGAAAUGACCGACUUCAGACACAUACCAUUUACAAAAACCUCAACCCUGAGUGGAACAAAGUUUUUACAUUUCCCGUUAAAGAUAUUCAUGAUGUUUUGGAAGUGACUGUGUUUGAUGAAGAUGGAGAUAAACCCCCUGAUUUUCUUGGGAAAGUUGCCAUUCCCUUGCUGUCUAUUCGAGACGGACAGACAAACUGUUACAUGUUGAAGAAUAAAGAUUUAGAACAAGCUUUUAAAGGAGUUAUCUACUUGGAGAUGGACCUCAUAUAUAAUCCGAUCAAAGCAAGUAUUCGGACCUUUACUCCCAGAGAAAAGCGCUUUGUUGAAGAUAGCCGCAAGCUGUCCAAAAAGAUCUUAUCAAGAGAUGUAGACCGAGUGAAAAGACUCACCAUGACAGUCUGGAAUAUAGCACAGUUCCUUACAAGCUGCUUCCAGUGGGAAUCCACAUUGAGAAGUACAGUAGCAUUCGUGGUGUUUUUAGUCACUGUCUGGAAUUUUGAACUGUACAUGAUCCCACUGGCAUUAUCGCUCCUCUUUGUCUACAAUUUCAUCGGACCUACAUUGGGGAAGGUUGGCAGCAUCCAGGACAGCCAGGAGAGCACGGAUACGGAUGAGGAGAAGUAUGAAGAUGACAAGCCCUCUCAUUUGAUCCCUGAUGAGAAUCCUGUUGCAGGCCAAAGAAACGUGUUGGUAAAUACCAGUCAGUGUAGAAGGAAGGGCUCUAUGUAAUGAACAGAUAAUUAGAGCAGUUUAUAACUACUUAGAAAUGAUACUGGUUCAAAAUCCAGUCUGUUUCAUAUUCAUUUCCCAAAGCAAAAACACUACUUGAGAAGGAAGUAUUCUCCUGAAAGACUGCAGACUUUUCCCCCCAUUUUAAUAGCAUACCAUAAAGGGGUGUGUGUGUGUGUGUGUGUGUGUCCGUCCAUGCACACAGGACAUAGCUCAUGGGAAGAAACCUUAAAGACAGUUCCCAGUGCAUUAAGCCAGAUUCCCAAAGAACAAUUUUUAAUCUCGUGUAUCAGAAAUAUUACUUUUUGUUCUUUGUUAUGACAGAUGCUGAGAGGUUUUUUUUUUUUUCCCUGCGAAAUGCCACUCAGUCUAUUUCUGAUGUUUAUAAUUCUUCAGGUUUUCAAAUUGCAGGCUUUUAAUAUUCAGUGGGAUGAAACAGACCAAACAGAUUCCCAUUUAAAGUCUAAAGUCGUAUUUUUGCGUUAUCUUUGCCCUGGGUGGUUGGCAUUACUGGGACGAUCCUGAGAUAGAAAUUUUGCAUCAAUCCCUUGUGGGAAUCCUGGGCAUCCUGUGACAAAUACUACUCAGUUUUUAAGCAUGUCCCAAGAAUCUUUCCUGACGUGGUCAAUUUUCAGGACUAGCUCUUUGGUUUUGCUUAGGUAAUUAAUAGAGAAAUGAGAAAUUUUUUUCCUGAACCAGAACAUAUGGGAAAGAUUUAAAGUAGCAUACUGAUUAUAUAAUGAAUUUUUAGCUGUAAAUUCAUUUUGAUGGUGUUAAUUCUCUCCCAGAGGCUCAAAGCUAGUUUAUUGCACCUACAGUGCUAUGCUCUUUGGAGACAUUGGGGAAGCCAACAAAGCCUUGAAGAAGAAAAAAUCCACUGCAUGACUGAUUCAUUUAUUUAUUUAUUGGCUUUGUUCUUAAAGAACAACCAUGUUACAACACAGGCACAUUAUUUGUUCUUCAGUCAACUGUCUCUAAAACUUAGCCACUAAAGACUCAGUGUUGUUUUUCUUUUUUUUUUUUUGACAUUUUAUAAACAAAAGGACAAUGAAAAAAUGAUGAUCUUACAUACAUUUUAUAUAAUAAUAUGCAUUUUUAGGUUACAGAUUUGGAGUUUGUCAUUUUUCGUACAAGUAUUAUUACAGUUACAUUAUUAUUCUUACAGUCAUUCUCUGUAGUAUAUAACAAAGCAAAGGAACCUUUUGAACUUUGAAUUCUGGAUCUGAAAAUUUCCAUGCUUUCAUCUCUUCUGUCAUACAUUAUUACCUAUUUGCUCAUAAAGUAGGCCCUAAAUCAUGCGAAUUUUACUUAUGCCUUGGUGUUUUUUUCAAGUAAUGAGAAGUAAAAUCCAUUCUUUCUGAAAUGAAAGAAUCUAAAAAAACGUGUUCAGCCACAAUUAUCUUGUUCAUUGGUUUAAUCAAACCAGUGGCCAUCACUAUUUUUAUUACACAUUUCCCUCUAUAAAUUAGAAGCCUUAUAUGUUAAGGAAAAAUAUAAGCACAUGUGAUAACAGUUUCCUUUUUCUGAAUGAAUCACUGUUACUCUUCCUAGGCAAUUUGGUAGCAGCCGCAGAUGUAAUGCUGUGUUUGCUAAACUGUGUUAUCACCACAUUCCCUGGUUCAAUCUGAAAUGUGUAAAUAAAGCCAGCAUGAUGCAGAUAGAACUGCCAGAUGAUCUUUCGUACAACGCAGGGCAACAUGAGUAGACUUGUCCUGGAAGAUCGUUGCUUUUGAAACUUAAAUGAACCCCAGGAUUCUUUAAACUAGACAAAAGGUUAUUUGUUCUUUUGUCUCUUCGCAUUCUUGAAGGGCAAGGACUUAUGUUUAUGAAGCACCUGGAGUGUACCAAAUGAUUUGCAUAUGAUACAAUAUUUAAUUCUCCAAAUACUCCAGUCAGGGUCAGGAUUGUGAUCUCCCUUUUCCAGAUAGCAGAAUUGUGACUCAGAACCCAGUAGGAACUUGACAUGAUCACAAAGCUCGUAGAUAACAAGACCCAUGUUGAACUCACUUCCCUCUGACUCCAUAGCCUGUGAUUAAUAAAAUAUGCAGGCCUGUGGAGUUGGUACAUCUUAAGUUUUUUUUGUUUUUUGUUUUUUUCCCCCUAACUUUGCAUCUGUUGUAAACCCUGGCUACUCCAGCUCCUAGGUAAGAAUGAAUGCAUUUUGUUAUAAUGUAAAUUAUGGUAUGUAUUUUAUGCAAAUUAUACAUAAAGUUUGCUAAAAUGUUUAGCAAGAAAAGUUAAAAAAUAAGAAUGGAAAGAAAUGUUUUUCCCCAAAUAUUUUCAAAAAGUGUAAUUUAACAUACAUUCUCAUGAAAACUGGGCAAAUAAUACUGGAAAUGAACAGUAGAUAGAAAUAUGUAACUGAAUGAAAUGUCUACAAAUCAUGUAUUAUAUAGUGAGUCUAGAGAACAGAGAUCCAUAGACACUAAAGAAGCAAAUGACAAAAAGAACAAGUGUGAGCUGAAUGUGUACCUUGUGAAAUGUCCACUAGGAAAUGUCCACUCUUCCUUUGGGCUUAAUAGCCCUGGACUGGAAUUCUCUGCCACAUAUAUGUGAACAUAGACAAAUGUGGACAUAGACACAUCACUUAACCUCUUCGUACCUUGGUUUCCUAUUAAUGGAAAUGCUAAUAUCAAAGACAUAUAACAUGUCCAUUGGUAUACUGGCAGAUAUAAUUAAAGAGCCAUGAAAUCAAUAGUACAUGUUUUAAAAGAUAAAGUUUGCAGUGUAGAGAGUGAAAAGAACAUUUGCUACUAGAAUGAUGAAAAGAGUAGAGGUGUGAUGCAAAUUGAAAGAACAAGACUGUAGUUGGCGUGGACUGGCAUCCCUAGGAAAGAUUUCACGAAGGCCAGGAGUAUAAGUUGGACCUUUAGGUCAUUCUGCUGGAGUUGGGAGCCUGGAAUCUGACUUCUUACUUCUUACUGUUUGAUAAUGCUUUUUCGGUGAGUAAAUAAUAAUAAUAAAGAGUACAUGUUUAAUGAAUAAUCAAGUACUGACAAUCCAUUUCUCAAGAUAAUUGUUGACAGACUAACUGAUGAAUGUCUGUUCACAUUUACUGUCUACCACUGGGACCAUGAUCACAUCACUGAAACAUGUAAACUUAAGUUACAAACCUGCUGAAGAGCCUUCAGCUGUCAAUAGUUACUUUUAGAAGACUAUUUCUGGAAACAUGAUGUUAAUUUACACAGCCCGAAAGAUGUGUUUACAAAUCUCUCUGUGCAGCAUGACUUUUCUUUUAGAUCAAAUGACUGUUCUUCCACAUUUAUCUCAUCUUCCAUUCCAAGGUUUAAUUAUGCAUGUAUGAAAAAGGGCAAGGAAGGUAUUAAUGUGUUGACUUCAAUUGCAUCAAUAUAUUAAAAACCUUGUGAAGGGUCAAAUGAUACCAGUCUUAUUAGCAUGCCGUCAAAUGAUUCAAACAGAAUAUCAAAUAAGUUAAUUCUGAAAUUGUUGUACUCAUACAAUACCUCAAUCAAUGAGGCAUGAUUAUUGCUAAUUGAAAACUUUUCCAAUACGCCACCAUGAUGACUUGAAAUUAUGAUUUUUUUUCAUCCACUAUAUGGAAUCAAAAUAAAGUUUUUGCAAGUUAAUUUUACAAACAAUGAAAUCUCUGACAGCAGGAAUGCUAUUGUAAAUUUAGUUUAAACAUUUAGCAUUGAGGGUUAUUUAAUUUUGUAGUGAUAAUGUGAAUGCAGAUUUCGAUGAAGCACAGCAUCAUGGCUAAUAAGAUAUUCAUAUAAAUUGAAGGGAUCUUUGAAGCAGAAAUGUACAAUUGAUAGAUCAUGGUGCCCUGACUAUCCAUGAUCGCAUACAGACAAGUGAUAAUGCACCACCAAUUGAAUUAGAAGCUGUAGUGCCCACAUUUAUAAAUAUUUUAUGUAUACAGAGUUGGGAUAGCAACAGCAGUUUUCAUGGCAGAGAUAUGUUCAGAUAUAAAAAUAUACUUUCAGCAUGGCACUGUGCACUUUGUUUUUGCUGCCAGUCGUCCAUCCAUCAAUCUGAUUUUAAGAAUGUUUGAAACCUUUGAAGAACUCUCAGUCAACUUAAACAUUCCCCAAAGCUAUUGAACUCUUGUGAAAAAAAGAAAUCUUUUAAAUGUUUGUUGCAUUUUGGUCGUAUCAGUUGGAAUUUUUUUUUUUUUUUUU